UCUAGUUUAACACAAGAGACAUAAUUGUGCAGAGGGGGGCAAGUUUGAUCAAAAAAGGGGAGACUGAGGAACUGGAGGGGUUUGCAGGGUGGGGCACUGGUAUAAUUAAGUUCUAGUUGGAAAGGUAGAAGACAAACACGAAUAGAAGAUUCUCUUGCAGGAGCAGUUUGUUCAACAACUGUCUGAAGAAAGUAAAAAAAACUUGGCUGGGUUGAAACUUCUGUGGUGCGCUCUUUCUCGUCUUUGAGAUUAAUUGGUUUAAAUCGGAUUUUGAAGAAACAUGCCGCCUUUCCAUUUUCUUCUUUCGCUCUGCAUGAUGAGGCUGGUUUUGUGCUCAGCACCACUUGGGGAAGUUUCUCCCCAAGAUCCAAUUCUGACCAUUGGCUCUUCACUGACUGCCACUUGCACUGUAAGCCCGGAGGCAAAUGUCGACUCACGGGAUCUCUACUGGACACUGAAUGGCCAGAAGCUUCGCUCUGAACUCUACACUGUGGUGAACAACACUGCGCUGAUGGUGACCAUGAAGGGACUGAAUGGUUCACAGCAACAGUCUGGUGACAAUCUGGUGUGUCACCGAGCAGACGGGAGAAUUCUGGCCGGGUCCUGCCUCUAUGUUGGUCUUCCCCCCGAGAAACCUACCAACAUCACCUGCUGGUCCAAGAACACCAAGGAUCUCACCUGUAAAUGGAGCCCAGGGAGUCGGGGAGAAACCUUUCUUCGUACAAAGUACACACUAAGAUACAAGUUACGGUGGUAUGGCAAAGAGAACCAGUGCCAGGAAAUGGGCACAGCCGGACCAAACUCCUGCUACAUCCCCAAGGAUCUGGCUCUCUUCACCCCGUAUGAAAUCUGGGUCGAGGCUUCAAACAAAUUGGGCUCAGCAGCUUCAGACAUCAUCUCUCUGGACAUUCUGGAUGUGGUCACCACUGAUGCCCCGUCCGACGUUCAGGUGAAUCGUGUUGGUGAUCUUGAGGAUCAGCUCAGCGUCUGUUGGAGCUCCCCGCCGGCCCUGAAGGACUUCCUCUUUCAAGCCAAAUACCAGAUCCGUUAUCGUGUGGAGGACAGCACUGACUGGAAGGUUGUGGAUGACAUUGGAAACCAAACCUUGUGCCGACUGGCCGGGCUGAGACCAGGGACCGUGUACUUUGUGCAGGUGCGGUGUAAUCCAGUUGGUAUUUAUGGGUCCAGGAAGGCAGGGAUUUGGAGUGAAUGGAGUAUCCCCACAGCUGCCUCUACUCCCCGCAAUGAGCGAUCCAGCAAUACUUGUUACCAGAAAAGUGGGGAGAGUGGCUCAAACCUGAGACGAGAGUUGAAGCAAUUCUUUGGCUGGGUGAAGAAGCAUGCCUAUGGAUGUACAGCCCUCAACAUCAAACUGUAUGACCAAUGGCGUGUGUGGCUGCAGAAGUCCCACAAGACACGCAACCAGAAUCAAGAAGUCUCUGUUUUUAUUGGAUCACAGGAGGAUACUCCCGCCCGGUAACUCCGGAGAUGACAUCAUCCAAAAGAAAAUGCUCCUGAUGCACACGGAAGAUUGCCAUAACAUCAUGAUCAUUAAUCUAGAAAUAUGGGAAAUGGCAGUUUCUUGGUUCACACUGUUACUGACAAAGUAUAUUUAGACCCUGGUUCGUGAAUAAAAUUAAAGGAGAUGAAAGGGUAGCAGGUGUUAAGUCACAAACAUUUCACUUUUGGAGUAUCAGGACAAACUUAUACUUCAAUUGGUCUGUGUUCUGUUUUCAAUUUUAAUUAGCUUCUUAUUUCAGUGUCAAGAGAUUUGAGGUUCUUAGUUUCACUACUGAUUGAUACGACUACUUGACACUUCUUGAAAUGCCUGAAUUUGUAACUCGAUGCUUCUAUUAAUCCAUGUUUUCUCAAUCAUUCUCUCCACUCCUUAUUGCUGUAAUCUCCUUCAGCUCGCCAAGAUCUCUACACAGUUCUGGCCUCUUAUUUAUUCCACCAGUGAUGGUUGUGGCUUCAGCUACCCCAAACUUCUGCCUUCUCCUAUAAAAUGUUCCUUAAAAUCUCUCUCCUUAGCUAAGCUUUAUAACAUCGGUCCUAGUAAUUCAUACUUGUCAUUAUUUUUGACUGCUAAUGCUUCUGUCAACGACCAUGAGUGUGUUUACUUUGUUAAAAGUGCUACAUAAUUCAAGUAGUAGCUUUUGCUGAACAGCUCAACAUUCAGAGGACAAUGCAUCCAAAGCUCUCAAGUAAAUUUGAGCCAGAUGGAUCAUUGAAAAAUUCGGUACAGGUAACAUUAUCUCCUACAGCACAACAAACUGACUGAAUUGACUACUUCCAAAUCAUUUUACUUUUGAAUAAAUCAAAAAUAGCAUUUAAAGCAAUCAAGUUUCAGAUUAUUUGUUUGGAGAAGUUUCUCUGUGAUGUAACAGAAGAACUGAUGUCACCCAUCAUUUGUAGUGGUUCCAACAUACAGUAAAAGCUGUAAGAAAGAAAUGAUCCUGGCAUCUUAUCAGCCAAUUUAAUCUAAUCCCCAUAAUGGAAAAGAUUGCUGAGGGACAGCAGGAUAGGUUUAACAGCAUGUGCCUAUACAAACAGCUGUACCCAGGCUCAGAGCGUGGUGCCACUCUGGACAUCUCCCCAAAAAGCUAUGGCUGUCUAGGCUCAGGAGGGCUUUCGAUGCAGUUUUGUGGAGUAGAGGUACUGAGGAAUGUAAUGCAAAGGCUGGUAACUGGAGUGGAGAUAAAAAUCAGCUGUGGAGAGAAACUAUCAGUCCAGGAGAUCACAUGGACCUAGUGUUGUUUAUAAAGAAAUUGACUUUCUACAAUAUGCCAUCUCUCUUUCAGUUACUUCUAGAAUCUAUCAACCCCCUUUAUGGUCUACAAUUCUUCG